UCUGAUUGCUCCGCACACAUCUUCCUGCCCGAAUGCAUGCGACCACCAUUGACAUCGAUUGAUGAUCUUCGAGCUUCGCGUGUAAACCCGAGUACCUGAUCAAGUCGCAUGAACAGGCCGUCUUCGAUGCGCGUAUCCUUAACGAAAUCUGGCCUUCGUUGAACCAUGGCUGCCCUACAGCAACAAAAAGUCAACGAUGUGGUCAAACAUUAUCGACCUGCAAGACAAUUCCCUGGAUCAACGCGAUCGGAUGGAGAUGACAGUCGGGUUACGUCUUUAGAUUUUGACGACGCGGGCGAAUUUCUGGUCGCGGCUUCAGACGAUGAUACGAUGCAAGUGUACGACAUCAAGGAAGGGAAAAGAACCAAGGUUAUACCCAGCAAAAAGUAUGGAAUUCACUUGGCUCGCUUUACCCAUCAUCCGCGCAAUGUACUCUUCGCCAGCACAAAGCAAGAAGACUCCCUUCGCUUGCUCGAACUACACAACGAAAGCUUUGUUCGCUACUUUACGGCGCAUACUGCACAAGUCACCUGCAUAGCAUUGUCACCCGGAGGAGAUCAGUUCUUGUCAUGCGGUAACGAUGACAUGGUGUGUCUAUGGGAUCUCAACUCGAGGAGUCCUCAGGGCAAGCUGAAACUGGUGACGCCCUACCUGGCUGCCUACGACCCUUCGGCGAACGUGAUGGCCAUCGCAUCACAAACCACCUCCUCCGUCCUCAUGUACGAUGUUCGCAAUUUUGACAAAGCUCCGUUCGAAACUUUCGACAUGGCACAAGCCGAGGAGAGGUAUACUCCUACGACGAAAGGACGGUUAUGGACGAGGCUGGAAUUUUCGAAUGAUGGAAAGAGCAUGCUUGUAGGAACAGAUUAUCACGGUCACUUUGUGCUUGACGCCUUUGACGGGUCAGUCAAGUCUUUUCUGACUGGAAAAACGAGCGGAACUGGACGGGCUGCACCUAUCUCGACUUCGGGCAAACCAUUAGGUCAAGGCGAUGCAUGCUUCACACAGGACGGAAGAUAUGUUAUCGGAGGAGCUGGUGAUCAGUCUGAAUUAUUGAUCUGGGACACCCAAGCAGCCACAGGUGGUCGACAGGAGCCCACUUCGAGGGUACCAAGCCGUGGAAUCAAAAGCGCAGUGGUCCAAUGCAACCCACGCUUCAACAUGCUGGCCACAGCGGACUCGAAGGUCUGCAUGUGGUUACCAGGAGAUCAAAUCAAGAAUUCAGACCUCUGAGGUGACCAACUGCCUCCCACAGAAAUCACGCAUACCCGUCGCUGAAGCAUUCGAGUGGCAGGAACUGUCGGCCAAAAACUUGUUGGGUGGGAAUCAUUCUUCCAACGCUUAU